AUGGGCAGAGUAAAGCUUCAAAUUAAGAAAAUCGAGAACCCAACGAGCAGGCAGGUCACUUUCUCCAAGAGGAGAAAUGGACUCGUUAAGAAAGCUUAUGAACUUUCUGUUCUCUGUGAUGUUGAUAUUGCUCUCAUCGUCUUUUCCCCCUCCGGAAAAGUCAACCUCUUCUCGGGGAAAAAAAGGAUCGAAGACGUUCUGUCCCGAUACAUAAAUCUUCCAGAGCAUGAGAGAGGACGAACUACUUCAUCUGGAUUACAGGAUCUUCAAAAUGAAAUGGGUAGAUGGCAGUUUCGAUUGAAGGACGCCGAAACGCAAUUGAGGAGCUUUGAAGGAGAUGCUCUUCCGAUCACCACAUUACGUGAAGCUGUUCUCCAGGAGUAUAUCUUAGAAGAGGCUUUGAGACGUGUGCGAGAGAGGAAGCUUGCCCUGAAAGGAAAUUGUUUUUCAACUAAUGUCCAGCCAAGCUCUACUCAGGUGUUUCUGCCACCUCAGAGUUCGAACGUAAACGGGUUUGUUACAGGAAACUCAAACCGUGUCUUUGAUCGAUUUCCACCACACUUCCAGAGGAUAAACUCUUUGGAUUCAUCAAUUGGCCUUCUUCCUGAAAGGGAUUAUUAUCAAAGAGAACACAUUGCGCAGUUUCUGCCACCAUCCUCGACGUUCAUUCAAGUAAACGGUAUGCAACCAUCGGUCGAUCGUAUCAACCCACAUGGUAGACUGGAGGAUGCCAUCGACCUGCGCCAUCCCGAGUUCCGGCAUGCGAACCUGGAUCAUUGGCGACCUGAAAGCCAUCCUAUAGGUAAAGAGCUUGCUUACUAUGCCACUAAUUCUACAUCAGUGCAUACAGCUUUAUACAUUAAUAAUGAUUACAAUAUGCGCUUGAGCUUAGCCUAG